GCGUGAGCGAAAUUAUGUUUUAGUGAACUUAUGUUUUUAUCUAUUUGUGUAUUUUAUCCAUGCGUUUCUUUCAAACUGAUAGAAGAAAUAAGAAUUUUUAUUACAAAAUUAGUUUUCAUUAUACUUGCCUAACAUUAUAGCAAUUGAAUAAUUCUAAACAAUAUAUACGAAAGUUCCUCUCGUAGCUCACCUUACUGCACAGGCUUUUACGUUAUAAAACCAUGAGCAAAAGAGUGGCAGAGGAAGAUGCAGAAAAUGUUUGUUCAUUCUUCUUAGAAAGGAAAAAAAGGCAUUGCCGUAUGAAAAAAGCAGAAGGAAUGUCUUUUUGUCCUCAUCAUUCACAUUUGGGAACUGAUCUUAAUCCAAAGAAAGGAUCUCGAAUUCCAUGUCCAUAUGACUCUUCUCACUUCUGCUAUGAAUCAAAGUUACAGAAACAUUUGAAAAAGUGUAAUGCCAGACAAAAGCAACAACCUGAUUACUUUAUUGAAAAUGUAAAUAUAGAUACAAAUGGAAGCUCUGAAAAUAAUAAGUUGAGCUUAAAGGAUGUUCCAGAUGAAGAACUUCUUUCUUUUAUUCAAAAAGUUAGAAAUGUUUAUAAUGAAUUGCAUUUGGAAAAUACAGAAAUCAUAACUAUGCAUCCCCUUUUAAAAUCAGAAAUAGAAAAUUCUGAUGAUAAACUAAAUAACUUUAAACAUAUGAAACAGCAGGCAUCCUUAUUGUCACUUAUGGAUCAAUUUCAUUUUCUUCAAAAUGGAUCUUGUUUCAUUGAAUUUGGUGCAGGAAAAGGUCAACUCAUGUAUUGGAUAAUCAGAUGUGCUCCUGAAGGUGAAAAGAAAUCAUUCAUUUUAAUUGAUAAAUCAGCUCAGAGACAUAAAAGUGAUAAUAAGUUUAAAGAUUCUGAUAUUGAAAUUGAAAGAAUAAGAAUUGAUAUUCAGCAUUUAUUUUUGGGAAAAAUUCAAAGUAUUAAAGAUAAACUUAGUAAUGUUGUGGGAGUAAGUAAACACCUCUGUGGAGGAGCCACAGAUCUUGCAAUGAGGUGUUUAAUGAAUUCUAUAGUUUCGGAAGAAAAUGGAGAAAAAAUUAAACAUAAGAUCUGUGGUCUGCUGAUGGCUUUAUGUUGUCAUCAUCGUUGCUCUUGGAAUACCUACACAGGGAAACAUUUUAUGGAAGAGCAUGGUUUUGCUGAAAAAGAUUUCAAACUCAUGUGUUGUAUAGCUAGUUGGGCGACAUGCGGCUUAAGGAAAUCUGCCACAGAAAAUAAUGAAGAACACACUACAGAAGUUCCAGAUGAAAAUCUCUUGAACAGGUAUCAAAGACUUAAUCUGAAGCAUGAGGAACGAGAGAUAAUUGGUAUGCAAUGUAAAAGAUUGAUUGACGCAGGCCGCAUUCAGUUCUUAAAGGAUGAAGGUUAUGAUGUAAGACUUGUUACAUAUAUUGACAAAUUUGUAUCAUUAGAAAAUGUAGCUCUACUUGCUACUUGUAAAAAAAAUUGAUAAAUAUAUAUAUAUUUUA